AUGUCGGACGAAAAGAAGGCCCAAGAGGAGGUCUACGGCAUCUCCUCUGCCACCGAACACCAUACUCAAGUUACCACUGGUCAUGGAGAUACCAAGCAGCGUCACGGCGCAAAGACCAAGGAGGUCCUUAAUGCCGAUCUCUUCACUGCCCUUGAGGAGACCAAGAUCGAAAGAUGGAGCAAGGAAUCCAUCCACUUGUACUUCUGUAUCUUCGUCGCCUUCUGCUGCGCUUGUGCCAACGGUUAUGAUGGAUCUCUGAUGGGAUCUAUCCUCGCCAUGGACCACUAUCAAGCUAUUUUCAAGACCGGAAUGGACGGCUCCAAGGUCUCCGUUGUUACUUCACUCUACACCGUUGGCUCUAUGGUCUGCACUCCUAUCAGUGCUAUCAUUUCCGAUAGACUUGGCCGUCGCAAGUGUAUGUUCAUUGGCGCAUGGGUUAUUAUCAUUGGAUCCGUCAUUAUUACCAGCGCCAUGACCCUGGCUCAAUUCGUCGUCGGUCGAUUCGUUCUCGGUCUCGGCAUUCAAGUCAUGGUCGUCUCCGCUCCUGCCUACGCUGUCGAAAUUUCCCCGCCUCACUGGCGUGGUCGUGCCGGUGGCCUCUACAACUGUGGUUGGUUCGGUGGCUCUAUCCCUGCCGCCGCUCUCACAUACGGUACCGAGAUGAUUGAUAACAACUGGCAGUGGCGCAUUCCCUUCAUUUGCCAGUGCUUCGCCUGCAUCAUUGUCAUUUGCUCUGUCUGGUUCAUCCCCGAGUCACCUCGUUGGCUCAUCGCCAACGGCCGCAACGAAGAGGCUGAAGCCUUCCUGGUCAAAUAUCACGGCAAUGGUAACCCCAACGCCCGCUUGGUCCGCCUUGAGAUUGAGGAAAUGAGGGAAGGUAUCCGAAUUGACGGUAUUGACAAGAGAUGGUGGGAUUACCGCCCAUUCGUCACGACCAAGAGUGGACGCUGGCGUUUCGCCCAGGUCAUCAUGAUUUCCGUCUUCGGACAGUGGUCCGGAAACGGUCUCGGUUACUUCAACGCUACUAUCUUCAAGGUUAUUGGAUACGAGUCCAGCUCCACCCAGCUGUUGCUUAACCUCGUCAACUCUAUUGUCUCAGCUGUGGGUGCAUUGACCGCCGUGUACUUCUGCGACAGAAUGCGCCGUCGCCCUGUUCUCAUCUUCGGUACUCUUGCCUGUGCUAUUACCCUUGCUAUCAACGCCGGUAUCCUGCAAGAAGUCGCCAAUACCGGUUCCAUCGGCAAGAAUAAGGGCCAGGCAGCUCUCGCUUUCUACUACCUUUUCAAUGUGGUCUUCUCGUUCACCUAUACUCCCCUUCAGGGUGUCAUUCCCGCUGAGGCCCUAGAGACCACAACUCGCUCCAAGGGUUUGGCUCUGUCUGGCUUCAUGGUGUCCAGCAUCAGUUUCAUCAGUCAGUUCGCUACGCCCAUUGGUCUUGCCAACAUUUCCACCAACUACUUCUGGAUCUUCGUCGGCUGGGACUUUGUCGAGUCCGCCUUCUGGUACUUCUUCUGUGUCGAAUCCCAGGGCCGUACUCUGGAACAGUUGGAGUGGGUUUACCAGCAGCCCAACCCUGUCAAGGCUUCCCUCAAUGUGCACAAGGUUCUUGUUCAAGAGGAUGGUACCGUUACCGAGAAAAUCACGGACGACGAUGCUUGA